AUGAUACCUGGACGGAUUUUGUGGCGGACGGCUGCUUUGAAUAGGUCAUUUGCUAUCAAUAGACUUACAGUUGCCAACCCAACGAGUAAAUCUCUAGCUCAUUUGAGAUUUUUUUCCAUGUCUAUAAUUCGAGGAAGUUCGUUCGAUGAACAACCAAUAGUAGUAAAGACUGGAAAUAAGCCUCAGAAACCAAAUAAGGAUAUGGAAAAAGACGUGAAGGAUAACAGAUCAAGAUUUACGCCUGAAGAGUUAGAGGCUUCUCGGUUGGCCAGAUUGGCAGGCCUCGGGUGGGUUGCUAACCUUCCUGAAAAAUGGAUACCAUAUGCUGAAUUGAUGAGAAUAGAGAAACCAGUUGGAGCUUUGUUAUUGCUUCUUCCUUCAUUCUGGGGAAUAACUAUGGCAGCGUAUUCUGUAACGGCCCCAUUAACGACAACAUUAUCAGCCAUUGCUUUAUUUACAAUUGGUGCAUUUAUUAUGAGAGGUGCUGGAUGUACCAUAAAUGAUAUAUGGGAUCGAAACCUUGAUAACCAAGUCGCACGAACCAUAGAACGACCAAUUGCUAGCAGAAGAGUUAGCGUUCCACAAGCUGUUGGUUGGUUAGCCGUGCAAUGUUUUGCUGGAUUAGCUGUACUAUUGAGUUUGCCGUUUGAAUGCUUCUAUUUGGGAGCCCUUUCUUUACCUUUUGUUGCUGCAUAUCCAUUAUUUAAGAGAUUUACGUAUUAUCCACAAGCAAUGUUAUCUAUUUGCUACAGUUGGGGUUGCUUAUUAGGAUUUCCUGCUGUUGGCGCACCUUUACUUUUAUCUGUCGCAGUCCCAUUAUUCUUAUCUAACUUUAUUUGGUGUAUGACUUAUGAUACCAUAUAUGCCCACCAAGAUAAAGCCUUUGACAUCCAUGCUGGAAUAAAAUCAACGGCUUUAGCUUGGGGAUCAAAAACCAAGCCUAUACUUAACAGUCUUUCUACACUUCAGGCUGGAUUAUUCACUACUGCAGGUAUUAUGAAUGGAAUGGGACCUGGGUUUUAUUUAUUUGGCGCCUGGGCAUUUUCAAGAUUAUUUAGAGAAAUUAAAAAUGUUAAUUUAGAUGACCCAAAGAGCUGCUGGAAAGCAUUUACCAGUAACAUUAAUACAGGGUAUGUGUUUUGGUUCGGUAUGGUUAUCGACUAUAUCCUCUUAUUAUUAGGUUAUCUUUAG